AUGUCUCAGACCAAUCAACAAGCACUGCCGCGCCGCAUCCCAGAGCCAGUCGCCAUUAUCGGAUCUGCAUGUCGCUUCCCCGGUGGAUGCAAUGCCCCCUCCAAGCUCUGGGAUCUGCUCCGACAACCGCGCGACAUUCUGAAGGAACUCAACCCUGACCGUCUCAACUUGAAGCGCUAUUACAACCCCAAUGGCGAGAGCCACGGGUCGACCGAUGUCGCCAACAAGGCCUACACCCUCGACGAAGACAUUAGUCGCUUCGAUGCUGCCUUUUUCGGCAUCAGCCCACUCGAGGCCGCCGGCAUGGACCCCCAGCAGCGCAUGCUCCUCGAGGUCGUCUACGAAUCGACUGAGACCGCCGGCAUUCCGCUGGACAAACUUCGCGGCUCGCUCACGUCGGUCCACGUCGGCGUCAUGACGACCGACUGGGCGCACAUGCAGCGGCGCGACCCCGAGACAAUGCCGCAGUAUACCGCCACGGGCGUGGCCAGCAGCAUCAUUUCCAACCGCAUCUCGUACAUUUUUGACCUCCGCGGCGUGUCUGAGACGAUUGACACGGCGUGCUCCAGCUCGCUGGUCGCGCUGCACAACGCCGCGCGCGCGCUGCAGAGCGGCGACUGCGAAAAGGCCAUUGUCGCGGGCGUCAAUCUCAUCCUAGACCCGGAUCCGUUCAUCUUCGAGUCCAAGCUGCACAUGCUCUCGCCGGACUCGAGGUCGCGCAUGUGGGAUAAAGCGGCGAAUGGUUACGCGCGUGGUGAGGGCGCGUCAGCCGUCGUGCUGAAAACCCUGCGUGAUGCGCUCCGGGACGGUGAUCAUAUUGAGGGUGUUGUUCGCAGCACAUAUGUCAACUCGGACGGACUCAGUUCUGGGUUGACUAUGCCGUCGGCGGCGGCGCAGACUGCGCUAAUUCGCCAGACAUAUCUGAAGGCUGGUCUUGACCCGGUCAUGGACCGACCGCAGUUUUUUGAAUGCCAUGGCACGGGCACAAAGGCUGGAGACCCCGUCGAGGCGCGAGCCAUUAGUGAUGCAUUUGUCACUGGCCAUACCAACAAGGGGGCACCCACGGUGGAUGAUCCGCUGUAUGUGGGCUCGAUCAAGACUGUCGUUGGGCACUUGGAAGGGUGCGCGGGCCUCGCUGGUGUUCUCAAGGUGCUUCUGAGCCUGAAACAUGGCGUGAUACCACCUAACCUUCUGUUUGAAGAACUCAACCCAGACAUAGAUCGCUAUUAUGGUCCGUUGCAAAUCCCCACGACAUCGAUACCCUGGCCCGAACUACGUCCUGGAGUUCCUUUGCGUGCCAGUGUAAAUAGCUUCGGGUUUGGAGGAACCAAUGCUCAUGCGAUUAUUGAACGCUACGAUGCUAGCCAAAGCUACGCCGCACAGCAACAAAGGACCACCUCAAUACUAGAAACCCCCAAAGAGAGACAGAAAAGCUAUGAUGUUGAUAUAUCAGUUCCAAUACUUCUUACAGCAAGGACCGGAGCUGCGUUGUGGCGGACCGUAGAUGCCUACGCACGCCAUCUGAGGCAGCAUCCCGCGCUUUGUCUGGCUGACUUGAGCACCUUUCUACACUCAAGGCGAUCGACACACAGAGUCCGGGCUCACUUCUCGGGAAUCACUCGUGCGGAAACUCUCGAAAAUAUGGAAGCUUUUGUCAAGACGCAUAGCGCUCACGCUGAAUCCGCUGCGUCACAGAAUCGCAUCGGCUACUCGCCGCUGCUCAUCGACCCUAAGGAAGUGCCAGGUGUUCUUGGGGUAUUCACCGGUCAGGGCGCGCAGUGGCCGGCCAUGGGAUGUCAUAUGAUGAGACAGUCGCCAGUUUUCAGAGAGACCAUUGCCGAAUGUGAGGCGGUGUUGCAGGCCCUUCCUUUGGAAGACGCACCUUCUUGGUCGCUGUACGGAGAAUUGACCAAGGCAGCAUCCACGUCUCGAAUUACCGAAGCAGAGAUUUCGCAACCCCUAUGCACGGCCGUGCAGUUAGCGCUCGUCAAUGUUCUCAGGGCCUCGGGAGUCCAUUUUGACGCCGUAAUUGGCCAUUCGUCGGGAGAAAUCGCAGCCACGUACGCGAGUGGCAUCAUCACUCUGCAGGGUGCUAUGCAGAUUGCGUAUUAUCGCGGCUUUCAUGCCAAGCUCGCCCGAGGAACCUCUGGACAAGCAGGCGGUAUGAUGGCCGUCGGGCUUUCCAUGAAGGAUGCCGUGCAAGUCUGCCGUCGGCCUGAGUUUGACGGCCGCAUCCAAGUCGCCGCCAGCAACGCUCCGCAAAGCGUCACACUCUCUGGCGACAAGGAGGCAAUUGCAGAAGCCAUGACUAUGCUCACCGGUGAUGGCGUCUUUGCGAGAGAGCUCAAAGUGGACACUGCAUACCACUCUCAUCACAUGAUUCCGUGCGCUCAGCCGUACUUGAAGUCACUCAUUGCUUGUGAUAUCCAAAUACUCACGCCUACCCCUGGGAAGUGCAUUUGGAGCUCGAGCGUGCGAGGAGACGCUGAGCUUCUACGUAAAGAUAGAAACCUGGACAGUCUAAAAGGGCCAUACUGGGUUGCUAAUAUGGUUCAAACAGUGCUCUUCUCUCGUGCUGUUGAAUCGUCAAUUUGGCAUGGCGGCCCUUUUGAUUUGGUCGUCGAGGUUGGUCCGCACCCGGCUCUCAAGGGUCCGACCGAACAAACCUUGAAGGCUGCCUUUGGAUCUACGCCCCCUUACACGGGUCUUCUCAAGCGUGGAGCGCACGACGGGCUCGCCUUUUCCACGGCUAUUGGCAGCAUAUGGGCGCACCUUGGGCCAUCGUUUGUCGACCUUUCCGGCUACCAUUCCGUCGUCUCUAGUGAGCACAAGGACCACCAUGCUCUGGCACCUACCUUCGUCCACGAUCUACCUUCGUACCCGUGGGACCACGAGGAAACCUUUUGGCGCGAGUCUCGCAUUUCGCGACGUUAUCGUACCGGCAAGGACGGCAGCCAUGAGUUGCUCGGCCGUCGCACCCCCGACGACAACGACCGCGAGAUUCGCUGGCGCAACUUGCUCAAGAUUAGCGAGCUUCCUUGGACCCAAGGCCACACAAUUCUUGGAGAAGUCUUACUACCCGGUGCAGCGUACAUUAGCAUGGCAAUCGAGGCAGGGAGCCGUCUCGCGGUCGAUAGAGGAAAGGACGUCCGCCUGCUCGAGGUUUCCAAUGUCGACAUUUAUCGCCCUGUUGUCGUUUCAGACAGUAAGGAAGGAACCGAAACAUUAUUCACGAUACGGAUUCUCGAAGAAAAUCUCCCCAACGACACUAGUGCCGACGGACUACUCAGGGCAUCUUUUUCGUUCUACAUCUUCAACAAUGCUGCUAGCUCAUCCAUUCUUCAUACAUGCGAGGGACUCAUUGCUAUUCACCUCGGUUCUCGGUUAGGUUCCCAAGUGGAAUAUGAAAAUAGCAUGCAGUUGCCACAAAGAGUACCCUCCAGCUCCGAUUUGCAGGAGAUUGACUGCGAGAAGCUAUAUUCCUUGUUUGGUACUAUUGGCCUGGAAUACUCAGGCGUGUUUCGGCGCAUCACCCGCAGCAAGCGUCAGUUUCGGCACGCAACAGCCUUCGCUUCCUGGGAUCGCAGGGAACUCAACGACUGCUACACCAUACAUCCCGCCAUUUUAGACGUUGCUUUCCAGACCAUCUUCAUUGCCCGGGCACAUCCCGACAGUGGUCAGGUCAACUCGGCGCUGCUUCCAUCCCGUAUCGAGCGCGUCCGAGUCGUACCGACAUCCGCCAUCCACUCAAAGUCAAGUGCAGAUGGGGCUAUCAAUGCAGACGUUGACUCUUGGAUUCUGAACCAGACUGCGACAUCUCUGACCGGCGAUCUCAACGUGUACGAUGCAGACACAGGAACGCCGCUCCUCCAAGUACAAGGGUUUGAAGUGAGAACAGUCGGUGAGACGGACGCCUCCAAAGAUCGCCUCAUCUUCUCCGAGACAGUAUGGGGUCCAGAUGUUUCUAUCAUGGGGCUAUCCGAGCCUGUCCGACAUGAGGAUGCCGAUGCCACAGUGCAGAGUCUAGCUGAAGCCGGUGAGCGAGUCAGCUUGUUCUACGUGCGGCGCCUCAUGAGUGAACUCACUGCGGAGGAUAGAGACCAGGCAAAUUGGUAUCACACUCGUAUGUUGCAAGCAUUUGACCACCACUUGACUGAAGUCAAGAAUGAUACGCAUCUUCAUCUGCGCAGAGAGUGGCUUUCCGACGACUGGGCUGCCAUACACGCCAUUGAUGAAGCGUACCCGGAUACUGUGGAACUACAGAUGCUUCACGCUGUCGGUAAAAAUAUGGUCAGUGUAAUUAAGGGUGAGCAGCACAUGCUCGAGGUCAUGCGAGUUGACGAUAUGCUCGAUCGCUUCUACGCCGAUGAUAAAGGGAUGCAGCAAGUCAAUCAUUUCUUGGCCGGCGCAUUGAAUGAGAUAACGUUCAAGUUUCCUCGUUGCAACAUCUUGGAAAUUGGUGCCGGUACUGGAGCUACUACGAGCGCCGUGUUAAAUGCUCUUGAUGACGCCUUUGACACCUACACGUACACAGACCUCUCAGUUGGCUUUUUCGAGACUGCUAUGGAGCGGUUCUCUAGCUUCCGGCACAAAAUGAUAUUCAAGGCCCUCGAUGUUGAGAAAGACGUCGCGACGCAAGGCUUCGAUCUCGGCUCCUACGACAUCAUCAUCGCGGCCAAUGUCCUCCACGCCACCAGAAGCUUGGAGGUUACUCUAGGAAAUGUUCGAUCGUUGCUCAAGGCUGGUGGUUAUCUGCUACUCAAUGAAAAGACUGGCGCAGAGAGUCUACGCGCUACGUUUAACUUUGGUGGGCUCCAAGGCUGGUGGCUCGCUGAGGAAGAGGAUCGUCAACUCAGCCCGCUCAUGUCCCCCGGCGGCUGGGAUGCGCAGCUCCAAAGGGCCCGGUUCUCCGGAAUAGACCACGUCGUGCAUGAUAUACCAGAAGAGCCAAAGCAGCAGACUUCCUUGAUUAUGAGCCAGGCUGUGGACGACAUGUUCUAUGCACGCCUCUCCCCGCUCUCCGAGAUAGCGAGCCUUGCACCGACGCCAGAACCGUUGCUCAUCAUUGGAGGCCAAACACCUGCGACUUUCAAAAUUAUCAAGGAAAUGAAGAAGCUGCUACCUCGUCAGUGGAGGCAGAGGCUGCGUCUGGUGGACUGCAUCGAUAACCUCAUGGCUGAGGGUCUCGCUGGCCGCUCGGACGUGAUUUGUCUGCAGGAGCUGGACAAAGCUUUGUUUACCACCCCGAUGACUUCGAAGCGCCUGGAUAUUCUUCAGAAUCUACUGAUCAAGGUGAAAAAUCUCUUAUGGGUAACAAGCGCCCAGACCUCGAGCUCGAUGACUCCCAGAGCCACCAUGUUCCGAGGCAUCACUCGUGUCAUGAAGGGCGAGGUCCCGCAGAUUAACACUCAAAUCGUGGGUAUCGAGCCUGUCGGAUCGGCUUCCAGCAACGCAAGAAGCUUACUUGAGGCAUUUAUACGACUCCAGUCUGAUUAUACUCACGACGCGGCCAACAUCGAUGUCGACGACGCAGGUGGCACUAAUCCGCAAGCUCUGUGGUCGCAUGAGUCCGAGCUCGAUGUUCUCUCGAACGGUGCUAUUAUGAUUCCCCGUGUCAAGUUGAACAAAUCUCUCAAUGAUACUUAUAAUGCGUCUGCAAGGACAAUUUCUAAGCGGGUUGACACCAGUUACAUCCCGAUCCAAGUCAUGACUGGGCCGGCCAAGGUUUCGCUUCAACCUGUCGAUGAGAUGGUCGGACAAGUCAGCUCCAGCAAGCACCUUGAUUCAACAGUCCAAAUCCAAGUCAAAUCCACCCUACACAUCCCUCAGUCAUCGGACGGCACCAGUUUAUACUUAAUCUGCGGUCGGACACAGUCAGCAGAAGGAGCCGACGCGAGCUCGAUUUCUGUAAUUGCUCUGUCUCCCAUCAAUGCGUCGAUAAUCCAUGUUCCAUCAGCAGCAGUCUCCUUCAUUGAAGAGAGCGACUUAACCCCAAAGAUCCUCGUGCGAAUUUUCCAGCACCUCUCAAUGCAAGCCGUUGAGUUUGCGCUUGAGCGCAAAGGCCAACACAAAUCGGCAGCUUUGAUCUAUGGUGCCGAUGAAACGAUUGCCGAGCUGAUUUUGGCAAGACAUGGCCUACGUGAGAAGAACGUCCACUUUGCCUCUUCGCGCACUUCUACUCCUGAGAGCUGGCUGAAGAUCCAUCCGCUAUGCAACAAAUUGACCAUGAGCCAGAUACUGCCGUUUGGUGUUGGGGUAUUCAUUGAUUGCCUUAGUACCACCGAGUCUGAUGAUGCGCGUCGGCUCAUCCCAUCUUGCUUGCCCGCCUCUUGCACAAUACGCCCGCUGGACGCCAACCUCUUUUUGGAAAUGUCACAAUGCUCUGUAGCGGUGCUUAACGGGGCUUAUUCCUAUGCCAAGACGCAGAUGAAUCAUAGCUCUAGGCAAAACGACAGCAUCGACGUUCUACCCGCGACAGAGCUUGUUGGUAAACCCAGCCAGGCGCUAUUACACAGUGUCUACAUCACCAAUUGGCAGAACCUUGGUUCUGCUUUGCUCACAAUGCCACCCAUCAAAACCCAAGACCUGUUCCAGAGCGACAGAACCUACCUCAUGGUAGGUGCAGCAGGCGGAGUAGGUACAUCAUUGUGUCGUUGGAUGGUGCGCCAUGGUGCGCGACAUGUCAUCGUCACCAGCCGCAACCCCAAAGGCGACCCGACCAUGCUCAGCGAGGCGAAGCAAUACGGCGCCACUGUUCGAGUCGUUUCAAUGGAUGUUUGCGACAGGCGCUCUGUUGAGGCAGUUGUCGGCAUGAUCCGUGCUACCAUGCCGCCUAUUGCCGGUGUUUGCAAUGCUGCCAUGGUCUUGUGUGACAAACUCUUCCUGGAUAUGGACGUCGAUAUUUUAAACAACACCCUCGGUCCAAAGGUAGACGGCACUGAAAUCCUCGACUCAAUUUUCUCUGAGGAGGCUCUUGACUUCUUCAUCUUGCUGGGGUCAACCGCUACUAUCGCGAACAACAUAGGUCAGUCAAACUACCACUGCGCAAAUCUCUACAUGGACAGCCUAGUCGCCCAACGGCGCUCUAGAGGUCUUGCAGCAUCCAUAAUCCACAUUGGCUACAUUUGCGAUACUGGGUACGUCGCCCGUCUUGGUGAUGACGCGAAAGUGCACAGCAACCGAGACGUCAUGCGAGCCACGACACUCUCGGAGACUGAUGUGCACCACGCUUUUGCUGAAGCUGUACGCGGAGGUAGCCCGGGCAGUCCGAUUGGCUCCUACAACAUCAUCAUGGGGAUUGAUCCACCUACAAAAUCCCUAGACUCAAGCCGACGAAAGGCGUUGUGGCUUUCGGAUCCUCGCCUCGGUCACAUGGUACCCUACAGUGCAUCGGCCGACCAAGCGGUUACUUCUGAGCAAGCGGUAUCCUCGUCAGGUAGUAUAGCGCAGCAGGUCAUUGAAGCAUCUACAGAUGACGAGGCUGGUUUAUUCAUUCAGCAGGCAUUUGCUAGCAGACUGGAGACUGUUCUGCUGUUGGCGCCCGGCAGCAUCGGGGAGGACGGUGCCGGGAGACCCGUGACUGACUUGGGCAUCGACUCGUUGGUGGCCGUCGAGGUCCGUACCUGGUUCCUCAAACAGCUGCGUGUUGAUAUGCCAGUGAUGAAGAUACUAGGCGGCAGCACAAUUGGACAGCUCUCUACUCUGGCGGCCAAGCUUGCGCGGCAAGGUGCGAAGAAAGACGGCCAACAGCAAGUGCCAAAAACUCCGCUCCAGAAUGAGAUAAGCAAGGCGAGUUCAGACACUGCUGGCAAAGGUAGAACUUCUCAAGACGUCAAAACUGUCGAUGCAGUCACUCAAGGCACAUCAUCAUUGACGCCUGCAGCCUCCGACGGGGGCGAAUCCACGUCAAACCCUACCCCGAGCAGCAGCGUCUCUGAAGUAGGCGACAGUUUGCAAGAUUCCCGCCACCAUUUUUCCGAAGGCAACAGCGCUUCCACCGUGAGUAGCUCAAGCGAUUUUAAUUCAGAUCCUGGAGAGGAGAGAAACACGCGCAAAGACCUCCCCUCAGACGGUCACGCAGACACGGUGCGUCCAAGCAUAGUGCGCGAGGCGCAAAUGUCACCCGCCCAGUCGCGCAUCUGGUUCUUGUCCAAGCACAUGGCCGAGCCAGACGCGUACAACAUGGUCUUUCACUACCGCGUCCGCGGCCACCUGAGCAUGGUCCGUCUCCGCCACGCCAUGCAGGCCGUGACCAGCCACCACGAGUGUCUGCGCAUGUGCUUUUACACCGACGAGGGCAGUGGACAGCCGAUGCAGGGACUGCUGGCGUCUUCCGGUUUCCAGAUGCGACAUGAGCCCGAUUGCGAUGAGGAGCGCACGCAGAGAGAGCUGCGCAGACUUAAGACACGUGCGUGGAGCAUCGAGAGUGGAGAGACACUGGAGCUCGUGGUGCUUAGUCGUCCAGGUACUGAGGAGGAAUACUCGCUGCUCUUUGGGUACCACCAUAUUAUAAUGGAUGCAAUUAGUUGGUCUAUCUUGUUGAAGGACUUGGACAAGGCGUACCGGAUGCUGCCGCUGGACAAGGCUGCCGCUGGAUCACACCUUGAUCUGACGGAGAUGCAGCUGCAACAGGAACGCGAUGGCGUGUGGGAUGAGUCUUUGAACUUCUGGAAGAUGGAGUUUGAAACGAUCCCCGACAUUUUGCCAUCGCUUCCUGUGAGCUUGCCAUCCCCCCAGCGAGCCAACGUCGGAACGCACCGAGUACUGCGGGAGUUUCCCCGGGAACAAGGCGACGCCAUCAGAAACACUUGCAAGAGUCUCCGCAUUAGCCCAUUUAGCCUUCACAUUGCGGUCCUGCAGGUUAUUCUUUCCCGUCUGGCCGGUAUCGAAGAUGUCUGCAUUGGCAUAGUCGACGCCAACCGCAACGACCCCCGCGCGUCCCAAAUGGUGGGCUGCUUCGUUAACAUGUUGCCCAUCCGGGCUCGCCUUCCAGGCACAGCCACCCUCGCACAAGUCGCUAGGACCGCGUCUUCCAAAGCGCUUUCCGCAUUUGCGCACGGCGCGGUCCCCCUCGACAAGAUACUCGACAGUGUCAAGGCCCCGCGCCCGGCGGGCAGCACGCCGCUGUUUCAGGUUGCCCUUAACUACCGCCCAGCGACCUCGAUUGCCCACCAUCAACCACUCGGCGCUGAGUGCCAGAUAGAGCUUUUCCCGUACGACAUCAAGGAUGCGGACAAUCCGUUCGAGGUGAGCGUGCUGGUGACCGAAGUGCCCGGCGGCGGGCUCGGGGUUGAGAUGUUUUGCCAAAAGGCGACUUUCACCAUGGAUGGCAGUCGGGCGGUUCUUGAGGCCUACGUCAAUGGACUCGGCAGUUUCCUGUCCGAUACGUCCCAGAGUAUCAGCAACUGUUCAAUCUAUGCAAAGGCCGAAAUUGACCUGGCGCUAGAGCUCGGCAAGGGGCCGCCACUGCAGUCUGGAUGGCCUGCCACGUUAUCGGAGCGAGUGAUAAAAAUAUGCCAGCAGUACCCGGCCAAGCCCGCAAUCAAAGAUGGUCAGGUAGAGCUGUCAUAUGCUGAAUUACAGUCGAGAGUGGAUGAGGUCGCCAGCUCAAUCAUUUCUACAGGCUGCGGGGCCGGUUCCCGCGUGGCAGUUCAGUGCCAGCCGUCCAUUGACGCCAUCGUCGCCAUGUUGGCCAUUCUCCACGUCGGCGCCGUCUAUGUACCUCUCGACACCAGUUUACCCGAUGCUCGACACUUGGCUCUCGUGUCAAACUGCUCCCCAAGCCUCAUUCUCUACCACGCAGCUACGGCAGAUCGAGCCCGGAGACUCAGCGCCGCGCUCAGCGCGCCUGGCUACGAACCACCCCACGAGCUACUCGUCGACAGCCUGCCAUCCCCUCAGACACAGUCAGCAGCACCACUACGCGCCGAACCAGACGUUCCUGCCAUUCUACUAUACACCAGCGGCACAACAGGUACCCCCAAGGGCGUCGUGCUCACCCAGGGCAAUUUUCGCAACCACAUUGCUCUCAAGACGGGCAUUCUCAACCUGGGCCGCGGCGAAAGCGUCCUGCAGCAGAGCUCUCUCGGUUUCGACAUGUCACUUGUGCAAACGUUUUGUGCCCUAGCCAGCGGCGGCUGUCUUGUCAUUGUGCCAUCCGAGGCGCGGCGAGACCCUGGGGAACUCACCAGCCUCAUAGCGCGUCACGGAGUAUCUCUGACCAUUGCAACGCCGUCAGAGUACCUCGCGUGGCUGCAGUAUGGAUCUGACUCGCUCACCGAGGCCGCGGAAUGGAGAUGCCUGUGUAUGGGCGGCGAACCGAUCUCGCAGAUACUCAAAGACGAGCUGCGCCGUCUUGGGCGCAACGACUUGAUACUGACCAACUGCUACGGGCCGACAGAAACAACGGCGGCGGUUUCUUUCCAGACUGUCUCCCUUGAAGCAGACAGUCCCGGCUUCCCGGUUGAGAACGAUCUGGCCAGAUACGCCGUGGGUAAAGCGCUUCCGAACUACUCGAUCCGGAUCAUGGACUCCGCCAGCAGAUGGCUUCCUGCGAAUCACACUGGCGAAAUCGUCAUUGGCGGCGCUGGCGUGGCCCUGGGCUAUCUCGGCCUUCCGCAGGAAACCCAGACCAAGUUUGUCCAAGUCCGUGGUCAAGGCGAGCGAUUGUAUCGUACCGGCGACAAGGGCCGUCUGCUUUCCGACGGUACUUUACUCUGCUUCGGGCGCAUCGAAGGUGACAGCCAAAUUAAGCUCCGCGGUCUCCGCAUCGAGCUCCAAGAGGUCGAGGCCGCUGUCGUCCAAGCAUCACAAGGCCUUGUCCAAGCUGCCGUCGUAUCGCGCCGCGAGGACAUGCUUGUCGCUCACUGCACGCUGUCAGCAUCACACCAAGACGCCACCCUCGGCGAGCAGCAAAUCACCACGAUACUGCGCCGCCUCUCCACCCUCCUCCCCCAGUACUCCGUCCCUGCCACCAUCGCCAUCGUCCCCUCACUACCGACCACUGCCAACGGCAAGCUUGACCGCAAGGCCGUUGCUUUUUUCCCUCUAGCUUCGCCCAACCACGCUGCAACCGCAUUCGUCGGCGAGAAGAUGACGAUUCGCCAAGGCGAGCUGCGCCUCCUCUGGGAGCGCGUUCUGUCCCGCGAUGGUCCACGUAUCACACCCGAGUCUGACUUUUUCCUCCGUGGCGGCAACUCGCUGCUGCUGAUGAAGCUGCAGGCUGCUAUUCGCGAGUCCAUGGGCGUGCGCGUCCCGACAAAAGCACUGUAUCACGCCAGCACGCUGAGCGCCAUGGCGCAGUGUGUGGUGGCGAAGCGCGAGGAGCAGCUCGAGGAGAAAGAGGUUAACAUUGACUGGGCGGCCGAGGUAGUUGUGCCCGCAUCGAUGCGAGCGCAGGUUGACAAACUGUCCUUGUCUGAGACGACGUUGUCGAGAAGUGUGGGAAAGACCACCGGACUGGAAAUACUUCUGACGGGCGCCACGGGGUUCCUCGGAGGGCAGCUCCUCCUGCGUCUGCUGCAGGCGCCCGAGGUCAACAAGAUACACUGCAUCGCUGUUUCGAGCGACGAGCGGCAUCUUCUUGAGCAGCAGAAGAACGCCAAGAUCGUGUACUACACCGGCAAUAUUGCCGCUUCAGGCCUCGGUCUCGGUCCUAAGGACAAGACGCAUCUCGAGCGGGUUGUUGACAUCAUCCUCCACGCGGGAUCCAUGGGUCACUGCCUCAACACGUACUCGACCCUCGCCGCACCCAAUCUCGCAUCCACCAAGACUCUGUGCUCCCUGGCCCUUUCGCGCUCUCCGCCUAUCCCAUUUGCCUUUGUGUCCUCCAACCGCGUUGUACUACUAACUGGCAGCCCAUCGCCACCGCCCGGUUCCGUUGCCGCGUUCCCGCCGCCCGCAGAUGGCACGCAAGGCUACACGGCGAGCAAGUGGGCUAGCGAGGUGUUUCUCGAGCGUCUGUCGACCAGCGUCCGGCAGGCGCGAAAGGGCGGGGUCGCUGUGCCGUGGAAGGUCGCCAUUCACCGACCAUGCGCGCUGGUCAGCGACGAGGCGCCCAACUCGGAUGCACUCAACGCCAUUCUCCGCUAUUCAGCGUCCAUGAGGUGUGUGCCGUCGCUUCCAAGAGAGCGGGCCCGCGGGUUUUUAGAUUUUGGGCAGGUAGACCAGGUGGUGGAGGAGAUGGUCGGGGACGUGCUCGGGCUCGUCGCGGAGGGCCGUGAUGAGAGUCCUGGAGUAACGUAUAAGCACCACUCUGGAGGCGUCAAGGUCCCAAUUCAUGAAUUUCGGGAGCAUAUGGAGUCUGUGUACGGAGAAAGUUUCGAGAGUGUUGACCUCUCGAAGUGGAUUGCUCAGGCGGUGGAUGCUGGCAUGGAUCCACUAAUCAGUGCCUAUCUGGAAACCUUUUUGGACACUGACGAGCCGAUGAGCUUUCCGUACAUGGGAGAAGAAAUUGCGUAA